CCUUGCUUUAUAUGUGAUGAUUACUCCCAGUUAAUAUUCUUGAUCCGGUACUGCUACCGUGAGCAUCAUUGCUUCAGUAUCAGAUCGGAAGGUAUAUCGAGAGAUUUGCAGGAGUCGUCGCUGCUUACUAUUUGCCUGGCAUCAAGAGUGAACCAGUCCCGUAGACUUCGAGUAAUUUCCAGUUUCGAGAAAAAAAAAAAAAGGUUUUUACGCCAGGAGCAUACAUCUCGGCCUAGGCAGGCAGUGCCGAGGGGCCGCAUGCAAUGUAAGAGAGACCCCGAGUGGUGGGAAGCAUUGAUGGCACCACGCAAGCAAACUAGUGGCAACAGCAGUGACAGCAGCAGCAGCAUGGGUCGAGGCAAGCGUUCAGCGCUUUUGGACAAGGACAGCGAGGAGUACCGCAUCCAUCGGGCACGUAAUAACCUGGCUGUCAAGAAGUCUCGUACCAAGUCCAAGCAGCGUGCUCAGGAGACGCAGCAAAAGGUUGCUCAGCUGAGGGCUGAGAAUGAAGCGCUUGUGGCCAAAAUCAAGAUCCUCAACAAGGAGCUAAGCUUUCUAAAGGACCUUUUCUUGGCUCAUGCUGGGGCCACAGGUGGUAGUCGUGGUGGUAACUGUACAGGCCUUGAGGGUGUUGACCUAAGCUUCCUUAAUGAGGAUGACAACCCAGAAAGCAAAGGAAUUGUCUCCAAGAAUGUGGGCUCCUAGUGCCAUGUGCCAGCAGCCCAUUGUCAUCCCACUGCUUGUUUGUCACAGUGGUAUUCUCUGUAGCUUGGAGUGACUUCAACUUCAGUCCGAGUGUUUCGGCCAAGUUGUGUGCUUGAUGUUACACACAUGCUUUUCUGUGCAGUAAUGCCAUCUUCUUUGGGUACUCUGGUUACUGCAAUGAGCACUUGAUUAAGUGGGCGUCAGUAUUUUUCAUGCUUGCGCCCUUCAUUAGUAGUGUUCACCAUUCUUCCAUUGCCUGCGUUCUUUGAAAAGUGAAAUCGAAAAAUGCCUGUGUACCCUGCAUUGAUUGCACAUUAAAGAACCCCAAGUGGUCAAAAUUAAUCCGGAGUCCCUCACCAUGGCGAGCCUCAUAAUCAAAUGUUGGUUUUGGCACAUAAAACCCCAGAAUUUAAUUUUUUUUUUUAGAGAAAGAAAUGCCCAAAAACCAGGUGCUGAUACCAUCUUUUAUGUUGUUCUCUACAGACAGUUUCUUAUUCUUGAUGACCCACCACGGUGGCUCAGUGCAUAUAGCAUCGUGCUGCUGAGCACAAGGUUGCGUGUACAAUUCCUGGCUCUGGCGGCCGCAGUUUGGAGAGGGCGGCAUGAAAAAACACUUGUGUGCCGUGCUUUUAGUGCACACUAAAGAAUCCCAGGUGGUCUAAAUUAACCUGGAGCCUUCUACUGCGGUGUUCCUCAUAACCCACUGUGUGGUUUUGGGACAUUAAUAAACCCCACAAUUAAAGUUUUUGUUUUUCUUUACGAGCUUCUGAUGCUAUAUGUUUGUAGUUGUUAAUGAAUGUUUUACAUUUUGUGUUUACUGCUUGAUGAGCAUCCGCCUGAGAUUUGUCUUUAGAAAUGGUCUCCUAUUCUUACAAGAAGGCUGUCUACCAGUUUUUGCUGAUGUAAAGCAAUACGUAACUUUAUUUCCUGCACUGAGCAAGCAUGUAACUGACAUGUAGUUUUAGCUGACGUUGUUGUUGCAUAAGUUUCAUGAAAAGUGAAAAUUUUUGUAGAGGUUUGCCAUGUACCAUUGUUUGCAUAAACGAUUUUGUUUUUUCAUGUAUAUCUUGUGUCUUGUAUAAAGGUACGGAUUCACUUGCUGGCAAAAUAGUGUAGCUUUUCUGUGCAAUAAUGUAUAUUCUGCUAAAGUUUUGCAAAUGCUAAGUAGUUGGUGGUUUCAAUGUUGCUGCACUUGUUCUGUAUAAUAUAUGUUCUAAGAUUUGUAAAAAAAAAGGCAUUUUUGUAUGUUUUAGUGAUUUUUGAUGAGAAAAGUCACUUUCUGUUGCAACUUCUCUCAAUAUUGUCUCUGAAUUCAAUGUGUUCAUUAUUUUAAUAUUUUAGUAAAGUGCUAUAGAUUAACAGAGUUUGGACAUUUCAUUUUAUAAAUGGCACAGGCUUUAGGGCCAGACUGCACAUACAUUUGCUAAUGCGUGCAAGAUCGUGUCUGCACAAGCACGGACGGUGUGGCACAGCUAGUACGCGUCGAAGCACAGCAUGAUUUCGUGAUCAACUCCUCACUAAUAUCCCAUGCUCAAACUGCCUUGUGUUGUUGCCCCUGGCUAAGCAGCCACGACAUGGUACAAUCAACUCUUAGAGAGGCUUAUUUAUGUCGUCUGAGAAAGUGCUUUUUUCUUUCCUUUUUGUGCUGAUCUAACAGCUCCAAAAUUGAAGAGCUAUGUUUAUAAAUAUUGAAGUAUUUUGAAGUACUGUCAAUAACAAAGUAUGAAAUGCCGUCUGCCGAGGCGUCUACAAAUGAGCCCAGUGAGCAUGCGCCGUCUCCCAUCUCUUGUAGAUGCAAACAGUCAUUUCUCACAAGGUGCGGCAGGCGCAAGGUGCAAAGCGUGCAGACGCAAACUUGCGCGCAUCUGCAAGCAUACUUGUUGCCUGGGCCUUAGUAGAGCGACCUAAAUAAUGGCCUAGUUUUCACUGCUUAGUUAAUCAGCCUGCCCAGAACACAUGUAUACAGCUUGCAAAGAUGUUCUCACAGGCAGCUAAACUUUUGUGUCCAUUUUAUGUCUGCAUUCCUGGAACCUCCACUUUAAUUCACAAGUUUCUUGUCAUCAAGUUAUUGUGUUUUUAAGUAGGGGGUGUGCGAAUAUUUGAAAUUAGUACAAUUGAAGUAGUCCUUGCUAUCUGAUUUGUAAUCCAGAAUUCACAAUUCGAAAGCGUCAAAUGUUUAUUCCAUUUGAAUACUAUAAAGGACGGCAAAAUUUUUGCAGUCUGCAGGGAGAAAUGCUGAUGCAAGUGGAAAAUUUUCUUACUGAUUCUGCUUCAGGAUAACCUCAUCUGUCAUGCAGACGCACCAGUUCCUGAGCAACGGCAUUUGCACUUGUGCACAAUAGGUUGCAGUUGUUAAAUAAGCAUGUCUUGACUUGGGCAGCCUAUAAGUUUGCGGUCUUGGUUUAAGCAAAACAAUUUGUAAUUUAUUUGGCAAGUCUCCCCAUGUUUGGAUUCCCUUGGAACAAUGUCCGGUGCUGUAUUGCCUUUAGCUCCUUCAGUGAGCAUCAUACUGUAGUAUGUGCACCUAAUGACUUGCAAUUUCUUUGUUUCAUUACUGUCGUUGUGAUGGUGCACCAGGUACAACCACCUUUCCUUUGUUUCUAGUUUACAAAGCUUCUUAUUUGAGCUGAAAUGUAGUUGAUGACAGCAUUAGCUGCAUGAAAGAACGUAAAUAAGCAUUUUGUUGCAUAACAGACUCCACAAAACUGAAACCUUUUUAAUUAUGUCACUUCGUUUAGAAAUUGGAAAUAUUCAACUCAAUAUUUUGAUGUUGUUUUUCUUGAAUAUUUGUAUUCAAUUUGAUUAUAAAUAUCGCUAUUCGGACACUCCUUGUUAUCAGAAAUGCAAGGACUCUACAAUUGGUGUUGCUACAGCAUCAUUCUGAAGUGAAGUGCACUAGAUGUGAAAUAUUACUAUAUAUGCCCAUUUUAAUACAAGCUAUGCAAGGAUUUUGUAUUUUCUGGUGCAUAUUAUGUUGAUGUCCAUUGUUGGUUAGAAGCCAUUAAGUUAUUGUUUUGGCAGUUUUUGUUUUCUGCACAUGAUUCAUAUGCAAAAGAUAUAAGAUAUAACAUAUUUUGGUUACCCCUUAUGAAUGCCAUUCAGGAGUUGGGUGUUCCUGAUAUCAGAACUAUAUUAUUAGCAUAGCAUAAGCAAUUCACUUGCAUCUAUGCAAAGUGUUAUGUGAUUGCAAGUUGCUUGUAAGUUAUCAUGCUAUGAAGCUUGAAGUAGCCAUUAUGAUUGUGCAGUUGUACUCUGGUCUACCUCUUCAUAGUUCGAUUUUAUUUUUCUUGGAGCUUAAACACAAAUAGCAUAAUUGAUACUGCAGGGCUGCAGCCAACUCUGAAGUUUUUCUUUCUUUAGGAUGUGGAAUGAUGCAGCAGAAGAUUCUGCAUGUCUUUUUUUACACCCUUGUAUGAACAUUCCAAAACAAAAAUGUUUUUUCAGACAUAACUGCUAGAAAUUUACUCCUUGUAGUGCAAGAUGUGGUUCAUUGUUAUUUUGUGUAGGGCUGAAACACUUGGACCUUGUAGAAUUUACAUAUGUGGAACUGAGCAAGUUUUUCUAUUUUGUUGUGUGUCGAGUCCUUGUGACAUUGUCUAUGUUAUUGCUGCUGGCAGGCUGAAUCUGAGCAGGGUUACAUCUUAUUCACUCAAUGUUCUGCUGUAUUUAUUUCCUGCAAUAUGAACAUUGUCAGUCAUUGGGAGCUUGUACUCAGAGUGUAACAUAUGUUUUUACUUGUAUUAGCUGCUAAAGUACCAAGAAAUGUGUUUAGUGACUUGCCUGAAAGUUUUACCAGUGUGACCCUUUUGGAAGUAUGUUUCAUGCUGGCGAAAUUCAUAUUCAGAAGAAAUUAAAGUGCAUAAAACUUGAA